AGCCACAAGCAUCCACCAAAUCCAAAGCAAAGAAAACAAAUACUAAAACAACCUUAUCAAACCAUGGCAAAGCUUCUCCAAAUCCUAAUUCCAGUCCUUUCCUGCAUAGCCUUGCUCCUUGCCACCGUCAACACGGCGCGGUCGCAGUCGACCUCCUUCACGUUUGAUUUCUAUGGCCAGCAGCCGACUGACCUACUCUACCAAGGCGACGCCCACUUCCCAUCCGACUCCACCUACCUCCGCAUGACCAGCACCGACAGCUCGGGCAACCCGUUACAGUACCGCGUUGGCCGAGCCGUGUAUUCCAAGCCCAUCCAAUUUUGGGAAGGCGGAGCGCAGGUGGACCUCGAAACCACCGUAAAAUUCAUCAUCAACCCCAAAAGCGGCGACACAAACCCCGCCGAUGGCUUCACCUUCUUCAUCCAACCCGUUGGCUCCCCAAUGGGUUUCACCGGCGGCAGCUUCGGAAUCUUUGACACAUCUGGUCAAAAUCCAUCCGUGUUUGCGGUGGAAUUCGACAUCUUCUCCAACCCCGGAACGGAUCCGAGUUACCGUCAUGUUGGGAUUGACAUUGGAUCAAAUGUUUCCAAAAACACAACCAACGUCGGCAACGCAUUUCUGGGGCAGGAGGUGACUGCACGCAUCAACUACCAGCAAGCUUCCAAAUUGAUCAGCGUUCAAGUCACGGCAGCCUCACAAACUUUUGAGGUGAGCUAUGUGUACGACUUGAGCACCAUUCUUCCUCAGCAGGUUGAGGUCGGAAUCUCCGCAUCCACCGGAGGUCAAAUCGCAGUUCACGACCUCAUAUCGUGGUAUUUCACUUCCACUCUUGUGCAUGCCAGUGCCAACCGAGAUGCCCACAUUCGCCAGUAUGUGUGAUUUUGUUGUAGUCUUUGUGUGUGUGUAAGCUAAAUAAGGACGUUUAUAAGUCCAAAAAUAAGGCGAUUCACCAUGUUAUUGCGGUAUUAUGUGUUACGUCUUUAUUAGCUUCACUAAGAGACGAGAUUGGAAUGAAAUGGAAUCAGUUUGUGUGGUAUA